GGCCUUAGCAAGUGAUGAAAAGGUACAUAGCCAAUUCAAUUUCUUUCUCAUUAUUUUCAAUUCUUCUGGUGCUUUAGGAUCACCGAGACAAAAGAGUAAUCAGGAUUUGUGUAAACCAACAAUUCUCUUUCUUCAUCACUGCUCGAAUUCAGUAUGGGAGGCAAACUUCUGCAAUUCUAUAACUUGUCACAGACUUGCCGAAUCAGAUAUCUACCUGUCAAACCCAUUACCUUCAGGAUGUAUAGCCAACUUAGCAAGCAGGGACAGAAAGAAAAUGGUUCAAAAAAGAAACCAGACCACCACCGAGAUGGCCGUCCAGCGGAGAGAGCAGCUUCGACGGCUGAAGAGUUCAGACGGGUGGCGGAAGAAAAAGCUCGCCAGGGAACAACUAGUCAGACCGUAGAAAAGGAAGCUGAUGCGUUUCAAGAAACCAUGGCUGGUGACACCAGUUUUGAAACUGUGAAAGAAAGUUUCAAGAAGCCUCCUGGUAGGGGAAACAUCCACAAGACGGGUGAUGAGAGUGAUCCCGUGGAGAAAUAAUCAAGUCUUUGCAGUUUUCCAAGGCUUUUGUAUACAUGAAAAAGAAGUCAAGUGAUCAGUCAGAACCCUUUUUGUGUUAUGCCUAGACGUUUGAUUCUAGGAUUUUGUUCUUAAUUAAUGUAGUAUUUAAAGUGCUAUAUGGUCCAGUCUUUGAUUGCAUGGAUGUUUGGUUUGUUCUUGUUCUGAAACACUAGGUGAAAUGGCUUUUUGUAUGUAAUAUUUGCGAGAUAAACUGCAGAUCUUUUCAUACACAGUGCUGAAAGAAAUAAUUGCUUUUAUCUUAUUUUCAACUCCGUUGAAAAUGGAUGACCA